AUGAUUGACCACCGCAUCUUCGAGGAUCUGCAGACUAAGAUCGACGAGGAGAGCACCGUCCGCGAUGAGGUGCACGAUAUUGUGCAGACGCUUGCGAGAAAGGGACGAUCCACGCAGGCGAUUCUGUCCAGAGCUCAUUCUACACCUACUGAUCAAGUGAAACCCAUUCUUGACGAUGCACUCACGGAAAUCCUCGCCCAAAAGGAAGAGGUCGCUCGCCUCAAGGCCGUGGCCGACCAGCACCCGUUCUACAAGUACAACGGGCUGUGGACGCGCGAGCUCCAGAACCUCGUGGUGUCAAUUGAACUGUGCGCGUGGCUGGGUGGAUUGCAAGAGCACAAGGGGCCCAGCUCGGCGUCUUUUAUGACGAUCGAGGAUGUGGGCAAGUUCCUUGAGAUCCCCGUCAACCUGAAAGAAAAAGAUGCUUUCCAUCUCACCAUCGAAGAAUAUCUUCUGGCGCUCAUAUCUAUGGUUGAAGAGCUGUCUCGCUUGGCUGUCAACUCGGUUACGCUGGGUGACUAUGGGCGCCCCGUGCAAAUCGGCAACUUUAUCAAAGAUCUGUUUGCCGGUUUCCAGCUGCUAAACCUCAAGAAUGACAUUCUGCGGAAGCGCAGCGAUGGGAUCAAGUACAGUGUCAAGAAGGUCGAGGAUGUGGUAUACGACUUGUCGUUGCGGAACUUGAUUCCCAAGGGUAGCGCUGCUGCGUGA